AUGGCUCAAUUACAAAUCGCUAUUGAAAUUCCACUUCAUCAAAUUCGUGAUAUUAGAGUUCUUCAUGGGUUGGCCCCAAGUGGAACUUCCGAGAUCGAUUUUGAUUUCUCGGAUCCCGAGUCUCUUCAAACUCAAAGGAGACCUGCACCAAAAGGUCAUGUAAUAGCCGUUCGUAUAACAGCGGAAAACUCUGACGCAGGAUUUAAACCAAGUAGUGGUAUGGUGCAUGAACUUAAUUUUCGUAGCAGCACGAAUAAUCGUCAACAAUCUCGAAAGAAUAUGAUAGUAGCGCUUAAGGAAUUUUUUACAACGGGAUGGUUGGACGAGAAUCUAACUGCCGAUAAGCCUGAUAAAAUCAGAGAUAUAUUGCUCACCGUCUUCAUCAUCGAUUUCAUUUAUGAAGGCGUCCAUUAUAAAUGUACCGCGACUAGAUCAGCUCUAGAUUCUUACACACUUUACUUGCAUCGUAGUCAUGCUUAUCUGCCGGUCAAGACGACGAAAAGUAAAGGUGGUGACCAGUUAAAAACGGAUGGGGAAGGAAUAAAAACCAUAAUCAAUGGCGUAAAUAUCAAAAUUACAAUAGAUUAUGAAGUUGUUAUUGUGCAGCCACCACAAUUACAAAUCACGAUCUAUGAAACUAAUGAUGAGCAAGAAGGUCAAUUUCGAACAGAUGUUUCUCAAUUUCCUCCAGAUUCCACCAAAAUUUUAAGUACACCUGAUGGCAUUUGUAUAGUUGCAUUUGUAAAAGAGCAACAGCAAUCUUUAUUUCCAGAAGUUGAAUCAUCAGAAAUUACUCUUGACAAAAUCAUUGACGAUGGCACGCCACAAAAAAAAUUUGGAAAACCAGCAAAUAAAGUUGUUGGAAUGCCCUCAACGAAAUAUCAACUUCAACAAAGUCUUGAAAAAUCAACCGGACAGGUUAAAUUUAAAUCUGCAGCAUCUUCAGAUGAUAUUAAGGAAGGUGAAAAUAUUAUUAUUAUGGAUAAAAAAUACGAAUUUGAUUUUCGUAUUGAAUCAAAGACAAAAUUUAAUGGAUUUAUAGAUUCAUAUAAAUUAAUGUUUGAAAAAUAUCCAAUUGUAUUGAUAGUGAACAAAAAGGAAAGGUUACUUGGUUUACAUAUAGUUUUAGAUAUUUUACAAGAUAAUCAAACUUUGAAGAAUAUAUAUUAG